CCCGACAUGGCCAGCAGCAGCCCGCAGAGCCAGCCCACCAUCGGCUUCCCCCGCACGAGGAGCGCCCGCCGCCUCGCUACCCCUUCGGCCAAGAGAGACCCCGACGCCCCUGCUCUGCGCCCUUCUCCGCGUUCCAAGGCCUCGGGCCCCGCAGACUCCGGAAAGGCCACCCCGGACACACGCUCAGGCCGGGCCACAGCGCAGCCCCUGAGCCCCAAAGUGCAACCCCUGAGCCCCAAAGUGCAACCCCUGAGCCCCCGCAAACGCCUGGGUGAUGACAACCUGUGCAAUGUCCUCCAUGCCCUGCCUGGCUCCCCAGCUAAACGCAGCAAGGAGAACCAGGGCCGUCGCCUGCUCUUUGGGGACCCCUCAGCCUCCCCCGAGCAGCCCAAGGGCCCGGGGCCAUCCCCACGGAGCAGGGGGCCAGAGACCCCUCGGAGCUCGGGGCUCAGCGGGCAGCAGCCACGCACCCGGCUCUUCAGGCAGGAAGGUACCUGUUACCAGCAGGCCAAGCAGGUGCUGCAUGCGGCCGUGCCUGACCAGCUCCAGGGCAGGGAGCGGGAGACGGGGAUCCUCCGGCAGUUCCUGCGGGAACACGUCCUGGGGCGCCGUCCUGGCAGCCUCUACGUGUCUGGAGCCCCUGGGACUGGGAAAACAGCCUGUCUGAGCCGUGUUCUGCUCGACUGCAAGGAUGAGCUGGCCAGGAGCAGGACUGUGGUGCUGAACUGCAUGGCACUGGGCAGCCCCCAGAGCGUCUUCCCUGCCCUGGCACAGCACCUGGGGCUGCCCGUGGCCACUGGCCGGGAGCGUAUCCGGAGCCUGGAGAAACAUCUGACGGCCCAGGGCCCCAUGGUCCUCCUGGUGCUGGAUGAGCUGGACCAGUUGGAGAGCAAAGGCCAGGAUGUGCUCUACACCCUCUUUGAGUGGCCCCAGCUGCCUGGCUCCAGGCUUGUCCUUGUGGGGUUGGCCAAUGCCCUGGACCUGACAGACCGGAGCCUGGCCAGGCUGGGAGCCCACCCAGCCGGCAGCCCCCAGCUGCUGCACUUCCCACCCUACACCAAGGAGCAGCUCACCCGCAUCCUGCAGGAGCGGCUGGGGCAGGUGGCAGGUGACCCCGUCCUGGACUCUGCUGCUCUCCAGUUCUGUGCCCGCAAGGUCUCUGCAGUCUCCGGUGAUGCUCGUAAGGCCCUGGAUGUCUGUAGGCGUGCCGUGGAGGUGGUGGAGCUGGAGGUGCGAGGCCAGACCCUGCUCAAGCCACUGCCCAAGGGUGACUCCCCAUCGUCCCCUGUCCCCAAGCGCGUGGGGCUCCUGCACAUCUCCCGCGUGCUCUCAGAGGUGUUUGGGGACCGGCUGGCAAGGGGGUCCCAGGGGGCCCAGGACACCUUCCCUCUGCAGCAGAAGAUGCUGCUCUGCUCCCUGCUCCUGCUUGCCCGGCACUCGCACGCCCGCGAGGUGACCCUGGGGAAGCUCUACGACACCUACAGCCAGGUGUGCCGGCGGCAGCAGCUCCUCGCCAUCGACCAGGCCGAGUGUCUGUCCCUUGUCACCCUCCUGGAGUCCCGUGGUGUCCUCGAGCUCAAGAGGGCCAAGGAGGCCCGGCUGGCCAAGGUUUCCCUGAUGCUGGAUGAGGCAGCGCUGGAGCACAGGCUGCAGGACACGGCGCUGGUGGGCAGCAUCCUGGCCCAGGGGCUGCACUAAACCCCCAGCAACCCCCUCCCCAUGUCCCCAAGGGGGAUUUUGCUGCUGUGGCAAGAGCAGAGAAGUGGCUCCCAAGGUCUUGGACAUUUGUCAAGUUCUGCUGUCAGUCUGGGAUCUUUUUACUGAGAUUUUUAAUAUAAUAUUGUUAAUGUUAUAUUGUGAUUUCUGCAUUAUAGGAGCUUAGGUGGGAGGCUGGGACACCCCUCAACCCCUCUGCAUCCCCCCCAGCCCCUUUGCAGUGAGUGUUGGGUGCUCCUGGCUCCCCUUGCCACCCUGGUGUGUGAUCCAAAGGUCUGGUGCUGCUCCUUUCAUGAAUCAUGGACCGUGUUUGCUCCCAAAUCUUUCAGAGCCUUCUGAGACCCUCCAGAUCACUCUGGCUCCAGGGAGAAUCUUCCCAGUGCCAGCCCUGUUUUGGGUCCUGGUGCUAGUGGUGGCAGAGGGGUUGCAGGGACUCCUGGGGAGGGAGAGGGGGGCUCCCUUUAUCUCCCGCCAUGAAAUAAAGUCUUUUAGGUUCAGCUCUAGCUCCUGUCCCCCCUGUUUCAUCCCUGUUCCCCCAAUCUCUGCCUGCCCCACGGCUGUGGGGACUGGGCUCCAGCCCCAGCCUCAGCUCCUGGCCCCAGCUCCUCUGUUUCUACUAAAUAAUGGACGCUUUGACCUAA